AUGGUGGGGAUGGUGGCGGCUGCAUCCCGAGAGAGAAUCGCGAGUCGAAUACAUACAUUAAAGCACGUCUCCGCUGCCGCCACAGACGUUGCGUUGAAGCUCGGCCAUCUGCGGCGGCUCCGGGAGGAGCUCGCGGCCGUCAACUCUUUGCUGCUCGUGGAGUUCCUCGCCCCUAUCCUUGACCUCUUAUCAGACGGUUUGAGCCCCGUUCGCAAAUUGGUUACUCAGAUUGUGGGUGAAAUUGGUCUGAAGCACUUGGAGUUGUUACCUGAAAUUGUUCCGGCACUAUUAAAUGUUUUGAAAGACGACACACCCGCUGUUGCUCGACAGGCCAUUUCAUGUGGUAUCGAUAUAUUUCGUUGUUCUCUGGUCAAAUUUGCGAUCCAGGGUUUAUACUCGAGUGAAUUCAAUGAAUCAACAAGAUCAGCAUGGGCAAGUGCGCUGAAGUUUAGAGAUGAAAUAUAUUCAAUGGCAUCACAGGUGGGCAAUGAUGGGAGAAGGUUGCCAGCAUUGAAGUUUGUAGAAUCAGUUGUGCUACUGUAUACGCCUGAUCCUAAUGGAUCCUUGGAGCCACCUCCUGAUCAGAUCUGUGAAGGGAAGUUUGAGGAAUUCAACGUAUCAUGGCUUCGUGGUGGCCAUCCUAUGCUCAAUGUUAGAGAUUUAUCGGCUGAAGCAAGCAAAAGCUUGGGAUUAUUGCUCGAUCAGCUUAGAUUUCCAUCUCUGAAGUCACAUAGUUAUUUGAUGAUUGUUUUACUUAUUAAAAGCCUAUCGGCAGUAGCAACAAAGAGGCCUGCCUUUUAUGGUCGUAUACUGCCAGUUUUACUUGGACUGGAUCCAUCAAACGCCGUUGGGAAAGGCAUGCAUCUAGCGGGGGUGCAUCAUGCAUUGAAAAAUGCUUUUGAAUCUUGCUUAAAUUGUUCGCACCCUGGUGCUGCACCGUGGAGGGAACGACUUGUUAGUGCACUGAACGAAAUUAAAGUUGGGAGGCCAACUGAACCAGUUGCAAAUGAAUUUCCGGAGAACUUUGGAAAAACAGAUUGGACAAGUGAUUCACACGAGGAAAAGCCUGCUAAGCUAAUGUUGAUGGAAAAGAGCACCGCUAGUAGGAAAAGAGCUGCAGUGCUGUCUACAUCAGAUUUCACUGAGGAUGACAAUGUCAGGAAGCGUGGACGAUCAACACCUGAAAACUCAGGAAGCAAGGCCAACGCAACGAGUGAGGGACUGGAAAGGGCCCACACUCCAUCUAGUUCAGAUGCUGAUAAUGGACCUGUACAGCAGCUUGUGGCAAUGUUUGGUGCCUUGGUUGCUCAGGGUGAGAAAGCAGUUGCUUCCUUGGAGAUUCUCAUUUCAAGCAUAUCAGCUGACUUGUUAGCUGAAGUAGUUAUGGCUAACAUGCGGAAUCUCCCUCUGAGAAGCUCUCAAUCCGAGGAGGACGAAGAGCUUCUUGACGAUAUGGCUGAUCAUCCUGAUACGAUUGGAAGUGAUAAUCACAUCAAGCAUUUGUCUUUGCUUCUUACGGACAUACUUUCCCAGUCUAAGUCUUCUCCAACGGAAGUAACUGGAACUGAGGAUUUGCAUCAUUCAGUAUCCAAUGAGCUUGAGCAAACUCAAGAAGAGGAGGAACCUAAGUUGAUGUCAGUUGAUGAUAAUGCAGCAUAUGAUGACAUGAGUUAUGCAAGUCUACAAGCAACAGCUCCUAUAACUGACUCUGUUUUUCCUGAAGACAAUCCAUCCGAGGUGCAGACAGGUUUUACAGUAACUACAUCCGAGGUCGAUGAUGAUGGUUUGGAAAACGAAAUUCCUGGACUUGCUUCGUCCUCUCAGGAUGAAAGAAUGCCUGAAUAUGCAGCUGAUUCUUCAAAGGACUUGGCUGAGUUAGAUGAUCCGAAUCAAGAUAAAUUCACUAAUGUAGUUGGUUCAUUGGUAGAAUCGGAUAGGAUAUCACUAGAGUUAGCUAAUUCGAUUUCUGUAGAUAAGUCUGAGGAGCUUAGCUCUAAAGAAGCUAUAAUGGAUACAAACAGCAUGAACUCCUCAACUGCGACUUCUAUUGGAUUGAUUUCACAGUUGAUUCUGCCUAAGUUAUCUGCUCCUGUCAUCCACCUUGCUGAUGAACAAAAGGAUAAGUUACAAGAACUGGCGUUUGUGCGGAUAGUUGAUGCAUACAAGCAAGUCCCUGUGUCUGGUGGAUCUGAACUCCGUUUUUCGAUACUUGCCCAUUCGGGAUCGGAGUUUCCGUCGGAGCUAGACCCGUGGAAGUUACUGAAAGCACAUAUAUUGUCAGACUAUGUAAAUCGCGAGGGGCACGAGUUAACGUUGCGCGUCCUAUACAGGUUGUUUGGUGAGGCAGAAGAAGACAGUGACUUUUUCAUUUCAACUACUGCUACAUCUGCCUAUGAGACAUUUCUUCUGCACGUGGCGGAAACACUGAGGGAUUCUUUUCCAGCUUCUGACAAAUCUCUGAGUAGGUUGCUUGGUGAAGUCCCAUAUUUGCCGAAGUCAAUAUUUGAAAUGUUGGAGCGCUUGUGUACGCCUGGUAUGAGUGAUAAUGAUGGUAAGGAGUUGCACAGUGGGGAUCGAGUAACCCAGGGGCUCAUGGCAGUAUGGAGCCUGAUAUUGCUGAGACCUCCAAUUCGUGAUGCUUGCCUUAAAAUUGCUUUGAAGGUGUUACUUCUUUUUCCACGUCUUGUGAGUGCACCGCUAGAUAAAUUUCAAGUUGCGCUUUCUCGUGUUCUUCAGGGGUUUAACAACUCUAUUCCGGUGCUGACUCCAGCUGAAGCAUUAAUUGCCAUCCAUGGGAUUGAUCCUGAGAGAGAUGGAAUUCCCUUGAAAAAGGUCACAGAUGCAUGCAAUGCUUGUUUCGAGCAGCCACAUAUAUUUACUCAACAAGUUCUUGCCAAGGUCUUGAAUCAAUUGGUUGAGCAAAUUCCCCUUCCCAUGUUAUUUAUGCGUACAGUAUUGCAGGCAAUUGGGGCUUUUCCUUCUCUGGUGGAAUUUAUAAUGGAGAUUCUUUCUCGUCUUGUAAGCAAGCAGAUUUGGAAAUACCCUAAGCUAUGGGUGGGAUUCGUAAAGUGUGCUCUUUUGACAAAGCCACAGUCUUUCGGGGUUCUUCUUCAGUUACCCUCAGCACAGCUUGAAAAUGCACUGAAUCGGACACCUGCUCUCAAGGUUCCCUUAACUGCCCACGCAAGCCAACCGAACAUAAGAUCUUCCCUUCCAAGGUCUACUCAAAUGGUUCUUGGUCUUGUGUCCGAGCCACAAACAUCCGCUCAAACACAACAGCCAAUGCAGACGCAAACUCAAACUCAAAUCGAGGCCGGUGACUCGGAGAAAGAAACAGUUACGGAAAAGUUGAAGGAAUCAUCUAGCACCGCCAGUUGA